CUUUCCUCUGCUCUGCCUUUUCCAGCCAGGACCGACUGCCCAAAGGACUCGCGUCCAACGGCUCUUUCCUCUUCCACAAACCCUUCGGAUCACCCGCCGUUUCACCUCCCACUCACCAUGGACCCCAACGCCAUCAAGGAGGAGCUGCGUCUGUUUCAGAGCACCCUGCUCCAGGAUGGGCUGAAGGAGCUUCUGAAUGAGAACAAGUUUGUGGACUGCACCCUGAAGGUAGGUGACCGCAGCUUUCCUUGCCAUCGGCUGAUCAUGGCUGCCUGCAGUCCCUAUUUCAGGGAGAUUUUCUUCACAGAGGAUGGGAAGGAGGUGGAGAACACCAAAGAGGUGAUCUUGGAGGAUGUCAACCCCUCCACCCUGGACUUGAUCAUCCAGUACCUCUAUUCUGCCGAGAUCGACCUCAAUGACGAUAACGUGCAGGACAUAAUCGCUGUAGCGAACAGGUUCCAGAUUCCUUCCGUCUUCACCGUUUGCGUCAACUACCUUCAGAAGAAGCUGUCUCUGGCCAACUGCAUGGCCAUUUUCAGGAUGGGCCUGGUGCUCAGCUGCCCCAGGCUGGCGGUGGCCGCGCGCAACUACAUCGCAGACCGCUUCGAGCUCCUGCACAAAGGCGAGGAGUUCCUCAAGCUCGCGCCCCACGAACUGUUUGCCGUGAUCGGCGGGGACUCGCUGAACGUGGAGAAGGAGGAGCUGGUGUUUGAGGCAGUCAUGUCCUGGGUCCGCCACGACAGGGACAAGCGCGUCAAGGUCCUGAAGGACGCGUUCAACUGCAUUCGCUUCCGUCUUCUGCCGGAGAAGUAUUUCAAGGACAGAGUGGAGACGGAUGACAUCAUCAAGGCUGACCCGGAGCUUCAGAAGACGAUCCAGGUCGUCAGGGAUGCCUACAAGGGGAAGCUCCCAGACAAACCCGCGAGGAAGGAGGGUGAAGAUAAGGAAGGGGCCGAGGAGGAGGACAGCCUGUUCCCCGGCUUCCUGAACGACAACCGCAGACACGGCAUGUAUGCGCGGGACUUCAUCCUCAUGAUCAACGACACGGCGGCGGUUGCGUAUGACGUGAGCGAGAACGAAUGCUUCCUGGCGGCCAUGUCGGAGCAGCUGCCCCGCAACCACGUCAGCCUGGUGACGCAGAGGAACCAGCUGUACAUCAUCGGUGGACUCUUCGUGGACGAGGAAAAUAAGGACGUGCCUCUGCAGUGUUACGUCUACUUGUUGGAUCCUCUGACCUCUGACUGGGUGGCCAUGCCGCCCAUGCCUUCUCCACGGUGCCUCUUCAACAUCGGAGAGAGCGAGAACCUGCUGUUUGCCGUGGCCGGGAAAGACCUGCAGACCAACGAGUCCCUGGACUCCGUCCUGUGCUACGAUGUCGAGAAAAUGAAGUGGACCGAGACCAAAAAGCUCCCACUGAAGAUCCACGGCCACGCUGUCAUCUCCCACAAAGGAGCCGUCUACUGCAUCGGAGGAAAAACAGAUGACAACAAAGCGCUGAACAAGGUGUUUGUGUACAACCACAAGCAGUCCGAGUGGAGGGAGCUGGCAGCCAUGAAGACGCCCAGAGCCAUGUUCGGCGCCACCAUCCACAACGGCAAGAUUGUGGUGGCCGGAGGGGUCAACGAGGACGGCCUCACUGCCACGUGCGAAGCCUUUGACUUCACGACGCACAAGUGGGAGCCCUUCGUGGAGUUCCCCCAGGAGAGGAGCUCCAUCAACCUGGUGAGCAACGGCGGCUCCCUCUACGCUGUGGGCGGCUUCGCUAUGGUGGAGAUGGAGAACAAGGAGGUGGCUCCCACAGAGGUCACUGAUGUCUGGCAGUUCGAGGACGAUAAGAAGCAGUGGAGUGGUAUGCUGAGGGAGAUGCGUUACGCUGCCGGUUCGUCCUGUGUGUCCAUGCGCCUCAACGCCGCCAGGAUGCCCAAACUGUAGACAGAAGCCUUUUUCUCCCUGUGAUUCUUAACCCCCCCCCCCCUCGCCAUCAACACCUACUGACACCCCCAGGCGAGCUGCCUCUGUCUCAUCCUCUACACUCCGAUGCCUGUGUGCUGAGUUGAUCUUUGACAUUACACUUUCUCUGAUUUUUAUCUGUACUACAAACACUUGGUUCUGCCGCUGCAUCUAAGAGUGAACCAUCCCCGCAGCAUUUUAAAACGAAGCCACCAUUUAGAUUGAUCUAUGAAGCUCUGUUUACAUCGUUUCUAGCUCUUCUUUUGUAAAAUAAACAUUUGUAAUCUUC